UAUUUUGUACUUUCUUUUUUACAUAUAUUUAUAUUGAAUAUAAAAUAUAGCAAAAGAGUGAAAAUAAAUAAAUCAUGGAUAAAGUACAAAGUGCUACUUAUAUCGGGGUAGAUUCCCAUUUAUUAGAUUACUGGGAAGAAUACCAGAAAAUGAUUGAGGAAACUAAAAUGUUAGAUGAUUAUCUCGAUGAAGAAUAUCCACGAACUUAUGAUGAUGGUGAAGAGGAAGCGGAAUGGCUUCGUGCUGCAGGGUUAGGAGAAUUAACAGAAGCAUGGAAAGCGGGUAGAGAAGUUCAACCAGAAGAAUUAGGAGCUGCUUUGCGUCCUCUUUCAAGAGCGCAAGCAGAAGCUGUAAAGAGAAGAGUUAAAUCUCUCAAUCAUACUGUUAAACAGCGUUUCAAUCAACGACAACGUGUAAGGAAACCAGACAUUAGGGAUGUGUUCAAAGAUGUAGAGAUUUCCAGUACAGGUACAAGAUCAAGAAGUGCUACACCUGAUUCGUUAGAUUCUAUUCCGGGUGAAACACCAGAAAAUGCUUCACCUCCUUCGCAACCAUCUAUAACUGUAAUUGAUCAUCAAACAAGUGGUAACAUUCCUAGUUUUGUAUCAAUAUUUCAUCGUUCUUCAAAUGAAGGAAAGGAGACUGUUCGAAGAACACCAAGUGCACCAUCAACAAAUACAAAUUCUGUAACAAAUGCUCCAGUUCAUGUUCAAGAAAUCUUUAGGCGUACCGGUCACUCUUCUCGAGGAGAUGUUGCUAAUGAUUCUGAAGGUAUUCAGCUGACUGGCUAUCACAGAUUAGGAACAAUACAUCUUUCUAGACCACCUAUUCAAAAACGUAGUGGUAGCGACCCUAGUGAAGUAGCAAAUACAGAAAAUUUAGAUAUCGAAAAUAUUGGAAAAUUAACAGUUUCUAAAGAUUCGACAUUGCGAAGAGCUUCAGGCAGUCAUGCAACUGUUUCUAGGAGUCAUAGUAGUUUAUAUGGUUUAUCACCCUCUAAAGAUGAGAAUUUAUUAUCUCAUCCAUUAAACCGUACUUCAUCACAUGGUCAUUUGAGUUUUGAACAAAUGUGCAGGACAAAUGAAACAAAGUCACAAUUAUGGGUGACAGAAAAUCUUCCAACUGAUGAUGGUUUUCCUCGACAACGUAUAGAAUCGUUAUCUCAACGUGACUUUACACGAUUGCAGCCACUUUUGUGGCUUGAACUUACCGCAGUUUUUGAUAAAUAUAAUGUACCUCUUAAAAAGCGUAAACCAAACAAACGUAGGAGAAAAGCUGGUAAUUUAUUUGGUGUAUCGUUGUCAACUUUAUUACUCAGGGAUAGCCAGUUAACAAACGAAGAAAGUAACAUUCCUUUAGUAUUUCAAAAAGUUCUCAACGAAUUAUCCAAGCGUGGAGUUAAGGAAGAAGGCAUUCUUAGAGUUGGUGGUCAUAAACAGAAGGUUGAGCUAAUAUGUACAGAAUUAGAAACAGAUUUUUAUAGCAAGCCAAAGGAAAUUGAUAAGUUAUUUAAACGUAUACCAUGUCAUGAUUUGUCAGCUAUUCUUAAAAAAUUAUUACGUGACUUACCCCAACCGCUUCUUACAGUGGAACUUAUGGAUGCUUUUUACCAAAUUCAUGAAAUAAAAAAUCCUAGCGAUUUAUCAUAUUCAUUAAACUUAUUGGUGCUACUUCUACCAACAGAGCAUAAAUGUACAUUAAAAGCAUUGUUAACCUUUUUGAAAUUGGUUAUAGAUAAUCAGAAUUCUAAUAAGAUGUCAAUACAUAACGUGGCAAUGAUAGUAGCACCAUCACUAUUUCCACCACGUUACGUGCAUCCUAGUGAUCGUUCUGAUUUAAAUGCUCAAGUUAAUAUGGCUGCCAUAUGUUGUAGGGUAACAGAAGCAUUACUUAUUAAUUCGGACAAAUUAUGGUAUGUACCAACUGCUCUACUAAAUCAGAUGCGCAGACAGUCUGAAGAAGAAAAAUAUCGCAAAUACAAAAAGAAGUAUUAUUGAGGACAAUAAUUGGCAGACUAAGUAUCGUACUGUUGUAUCGAUUUGUAGAUGAAGUAUAGAGAAGUAUAAUAAUACCUUUGGUGCCUCUUAAUUUUUCUAAUAGGAUUUUUAGAUUAAAUUUGUAUUUUUUAAAGACUAAGCUGUAGUGAAAUACCAUUUGAAAGGGAGGGUCGCUUUCAAAUCCUUUUUGUUAAAAGGUUUUUUUUUGAUAUACCUCAUAUUUUUGAUGAUCAUUCCUGCAUUAGUCUGACGUAUUUUAUUUAUUCAAAGUUCGUUUGAGAUCAAGUGCAGUAAUUCGUUUAGUUUACACAUUUAAUCGUGCAAUAGUUCAAGAGAGUGAAAGAGAUAAUGUUAAUUUUAUUCUCUUGGUUUGUGAGAAAUGUUUUUUCAAAUCUGUCUUGUAGGAGUCUAAUAUAGUGGUUAAAAAACUUUCUAUUUUUUGUUACGAUAGAGUAGAUCUAACGUUGUAUUGUAUAUGUGAUCGUAAUUAUGUCCGUGAUUAAUUUAUUUGCUAGUAUUAAUCACUAAAGUUAAAUCUUUUCCAUUAAGUAUUGUUUAAUAUUACUUAGAUGAUUAUGUGUUAAAUAAAAUUGAGUAAUAGGUAGAGUCGGCUAACACAUUUUUGUCAAUAUAUAUUGUUAUAUUUUUUUUCUAUGUUUUUUUUAUAUUUAAAGUCGACAAUAAUUUUUACCUGUGAAGUAAGGAUUACUCAUUAGUUGAAUAUUGAAUUAAUUACGGUCGGUACAAUAAGUUAUUAAUAUGUGCUAUAAUUUUCUAACCCUAAGUUCUUUUCUUGUAUAUGAUUAAUAUUUAUUAUAUAAUUAUUUUAUUGUGUUGCAAGUGAAUGUCUCAGUCCCAUGCAAAAGUGACAGAUGAUUUCUUUAUUAUACGUAUAUAAUUUAUUUUAAUUGUUUUUUUAUACUAAUAGAAAUUAUUUUC